AUGACCCCCCAUAGGCUGCUGCCGCCACUGCUACUGCUAACUCUGCUGCUCGCUGCCUGCCCAGGAGGCGCCUUGGCACGGUGCCCAGGCUGCGGGCCGGGGGCGCAGGCGGGCUGUCCAGGGGACUGCGUGGAGGAGGAUGGGGGGCUGCCAGCAGAUGACUGUGCGGAAGCUGGGGGCUGCCUCCGGAGGGAGGGGGAGCACUGCGGCGUCUACACUCCUAACUGCGCCCCAGGACUGCAAUGCCAGCCGCCCGAGGAAGACGAGGCGCCUUUGCGGGCGCUGCUGCUGGGCCGGGGCCGCUGCCGCCGGGCCCGCGCGCCCUCGGGGGAGAAUCCUAACGACAGCAAACCCCAAGCAGGGGCCACCCGCCCACAGGACGUGAAUCGCAGAGACCAAGAGAGGAAUCUGGGGACCUCUACCACUCCAGCUCGGCCCAACCCUGGGGGUGUCCAAGACACAGAGAUGGGCCCAUGUCGCAGACAUCUGGACUCAGUGCUGCAGCAACUCCAGACCGAGGUCUUCCGCGGGGCUCAGACCCUCUAUGUGCCUAAUUGUGACCAUCGAGGCUUCUACCGGAAGCGGCAGUGCCGCUCCUCCCAGGGCCAGCGCAGAGGUCCCUGCUGGUGUGUGGAUCGGAUGGGCCAGCCCCUGCCAGGGCCACAGGGCAGCAAGGGAAGCUCCCCCUGUCCCACUGGGAGCAGCGGCUGA